AUGAAAGACAGAUUGGCCCAGCUGAAGGAGAAGAGUGACCCUGGAGAGGAGGUGGAGAUCCCAGUGGAAAACCAGGCAUUUAUGGAUGAUUUCUUUGCUCAGAUCGAGGACAUCCGUGGAAGUAUCGAUAAGAUUGACACGAGCGUUGCAGACAUUAAGAAGCUCUAUUCCACCAUCCUGUCAGCACCCACCUCUGAGAAGAAAACACAGGACGACCUGGAGGCCCUGACCAAUGAGAUCAAGAAGUCCGCCAACAACGCCCGCAACAAACUCAAAACAAUUGAAAAGCAGCUGGAGACCAACACAGAUGAGAGGGCCUCGGCUGACCUCCGGAUACGUAAAUCACAGCACGCUAUCCUGGCCAAGAAAUUUGUGGAGGUGAUGACAAAGUACAACGAGGCUCAGAUGGACUUCAGGGACAAAAGCAAAGGCCGCAUCGCCAGGCAGCUAGAGAUCACCGGGAAAGCCACGACGGAUGAGGAGCUGGAGGAGAUGCUUGAGGGGGGCAACGCAGCCGUCUUCAGCGCUGGGAUCACCGAGUCUAAGAUCAACCAGCAGGCUCUGAAUGAGAUCGAGGCGCGACACAAAGACAUCAUGCGUCUGGAGAGCAGCAUCAAGGAGCUCCAUGACAUGUUUGUGGACAUCGCCAUGCUUGUUGAGAACCAGGGUGGUAUGAUUGACAGAAUCGAGAGCAACAUGGACCAAUCAGUGGGCUUCGUGGAGAGGGCUGUGGCUGAUACCAAGAAGGCGGCAAAAUUUCAGCAGGAGGCCCGCAGGAAGCAAAUGAUGAUCUUCUGUUGCUGUGUCAUUCUGGCCCUCAUCCUGGGCUCCUUCUUGUACAGCUUCAUACGCUGA